GUUCGGCACCCCCGUCGCUUCGCGAUAACACUGUAUGCAGCCCGCCUGCAAGCUACAUACAUAAAACCUGCACGGACUGAAACAAGGCCUGCGUGAUAUCACUGAAUCAGCGCUUUUUCUCCGCACGUUCCACUCACUCACGCGCCGCAUUGUGGUCGCGCGGUUGGAGAUGUACGACAAACCGAACCUUGAGUGCCAGGAUGGGGAGCGACUUGGCCUGCGCGAGAAAGCUGGGAUGGGGCUGGCCGGGACGGAAAGAAGACGCGGAGGAGGAGGGCGGCGGCGCGUUGUGCGCUGGGGAUUCGUCACCGUCGCGGUGUGCUUGCUCGUGUCGGCGGCGAUGAGCCGGGCGAUGUGGUCUGUUCUGCGGCCUCAGUCGCGUCCCGCUGCGAACUAUGCUCGUCCGGGACAGUCGGACCAAGCGCACGGUGCGCCGUUCAACCGCACGCCUGACGUGCAGUUCGACAAAUACAGUCUGAUUAUCAAGGGGGAGAGGGUGUUUCUACACUCCGCCGAACUGCACCCGUUCCGGCUGCCCGUGCCGACUCUCUGGCGCGACGUCCUGCUCAAGUUCAAGGCCGCGGGGCUCAAUGCAGUGAGCAUCUACACGCACAUGGGGGUGCACAAUCCCGCCCGCGACGUGCUCGACUUUGGCGCGCCGCUCGGCGCGGGGGAGGACGGGGGCUGGAAGAGUCUGCAGGGGUUCUUGAGCAUCUGCAAGGAGGUCGGCCUGUGGGUAGUGGUCAGACCAGGACCGUACAUCAACGCGGAGACCUCGGCUGGGGGCAUUGCGCACUGGAUCACGACCGAAGUAGCCGGCCCGCUACGCACGAACGCGAGCGACUGGGAAGACGCGUGGCGGCCUUAUGUCGCUGGCAUCUCGGCGGAAGUGCGCGCGUGGCAGGUCGAUCGCGGGGGCCCGGUCAUUGCGGUGCAGAUCGACAACGAGUACACGCAGACGCCCGCUGGGCACGGAGAGUACUACGAGUCGCUGAUGGCUGCCUUCCGCGAGGCCGGGAUCGUGGUCCCGUUGACGUACAACGAUCCCAAUCCGGGCGAGAACUUCAUCAAUGGGACCGGCGGGGUGGAUCUGUAUGGGAUGGACUCUUAUCCUCAGCGGUUCGACUGCUCGAAUCCGACCGUGUGGCGGCCCGUGGUGGAGACGUACAGGACGUACCACGAGCGGGUCAAUCCGAGCCAGCCGUGGUAUAUCCCAGAAUUCCAGGCAGGGUCGUUUGACGCCUGGGGUCCCUCCGCGCCGGGCUACAGUCCGGCCUGCUACGACCUGACGAACCAUGAAUUCAUGUCGGUGUUUAAUUUGCAGCUGUGGGCUUCGAACGCGAAGAUGAUCAACUACUAUAUGGGGUACGGCGGCACGAGCUGGGGCGGGUUGCCCUUCCCGGGCGUGUACACCAGCUACGAUUACGGAGCUUCGCUGACGGAAUCGCGCGCGCUGACGCGCAAAUUCGACGAACUGAAGCUGGAGGGGAUAUUCAUCCGGUCGACGCCCGACUUUGCCAAGACGGACUGGAUCGCGGAUUCCGGGAUAUCCACGAACAGCGAUGUGGUCGCGACCUACCUCCGAAACCCGGACACGGGCAGUGGGUUUUAUGUGCUGAGACAGAAGAACUCGGUCUCGACCGAAACAGUGCACACGUCGCUCCAUAUCACCCUCUCGUCGCUGUCGAAGGAGCUCGACAUUCCCCUCGUCGCGCCGGCCGUGACGCUUGGUGGACGGCAGUCUAAGGUAGUCGUGACCGACUAUAAAUUCGGGUCGUCUCAUAUGGCGUAUUCCGCCGCGUCCGUGUUCUUCGCCGGCAAGGUCGGCGGGCGGGACGUGCUGUUUUUGUACGGACGCAGUGACCAGGUGCACGAAGCUGCGAUCCGCUUCGAGGGUGUCUCCAACCCCUGGUUUGCCCCCGCACAUGAUACGCCGCUGCUCGAGACGGACUUGGGCACGGUCGUGACGUUCUACUCGACCUCGGAUGGGCUGGUCACGGUCUGGGACUCGGACACGCAGCUGAUUCUGUUCGGGAGCGAGGAGUGGGUCGGCAGAGAGUGGUGGGCGCCGCAGCUGGCGGGCACGAACGAGACCGUGCUCGUCGGCGGGCCGUAUCUCGUCCGCUCUGCGUCGUACGAAGACAGGGUGCUGGAGCUGACGGGCGACCUGGAUGUCGAUCGGGAAACGAGGCUGUUGCUGAUUGGGCCGAGCGACGUGAGGCGCGUGCGAUGGAACGGAAUGGACGUUGUCGCUGACGCCGGUGUUGCGUCGGUUCGCGCGCUGACUCUGGUGCCCCGACUCCAGAAGCAGUCGCCUGCGAUCCCGGAUCUGGGCAGCCUCGAGUGGUUCUACCACGAUUCGCUGCCCGAGAUAUCGUCCGAAUAUGACGACACGAAUUGGGUCACGGCGGACAGGACGGAGACGAAUAUUCCCGAGAAGAUGUGGUAUGGGGAUGGGAGAGUGCUGUAUGGGUGUGACUAUGGCUUCUGCGAAAACGUCGUGCUUUGGCGCGGCCACUUUGAUGCCGUUGGUGACGAGCGCAGCGUGAAUGUGAGCAUCAACGGAGGCCAGGCUUUCGCGGCCAGUGUCUGGCUGAAUGACGUGUUCUUGGGCACGUCGUAUGGAAACUCGACUAACAACCUUAACAUUCUUGAAGAAACGGAUGACGCAUUCGUCUUCCCGGCUGGUGCGAUGAAGUUAGGCGCCAACGUCCUCACGAUUGUCCAGGACAACAUGGGCUUGAAUGAGACGGAGGGCGACGACGCCGACACUAGCAAGAAUCCGCGUGGGAUCCGAGGAUUCGCGCUGUUCGAUGGGGAAGGGGCGCUGCUCGAGGGACGGUGGCGAGACUGGAAGGUCCAGGGCAAGGUUGGUGGCUAUCAAGGAUUCCCCGAUAAACUGCGGAGCGUUUUCAACGAGGGUGGGCUGUACGGAGAACGCCUCGGGUGGCAUCUGCCUGGCUUCGCAGGCUUUGACACGUGGACUCGUCCCUCCGAGCAGGGACUUUUGGCCAUGGACCAACCGGGUGUCGGAUUCUUCCUGACGCAUUUCGACCUGGACAUCAGCGAGUUUUUGGAUGUUCAUCUGUCUUUCGAGUUCGAUGAUGCAGGCGCAGACCGACAACCAUACCGCGCGUUUCUGUUCGUGAAUGGCUGGAUGAUGGGCGAGCGGGUCGCAAAUCUGGGCCCACAGAGCAAGUUCCCGGUGCAGGCGGGGAUCCUCGACUACCAGGGCACCAAUACGCUCGCGGUCGCUUUCUGGAAUAUGGAACCUGUUCCGAUUGGGACCCGGAUCAAACUGGUUAUUGAUGGUGUGUGGGAUAGUGCCCUUGGACGGGUCCCGGUUGAGGGUCUGGGCAAGGAGGGUUAUGCGUGGACGGCGAGUAGGGAUGUUUUGUAAGUAGGCUCGUUGUCAACGGCGGUAUGGUAGCUUGUUCGUCAAACGCAAGCUUCCGGGUCCUUGUGAUAAAGAAUCUUCUUGCACCUGACAAGACACGGUCACGCAGACAAUGAUUUUCGGCGCGCUCCGAAUGGGGAUAGAGAGGGUGACACUUUCGCGUUCAUGUUCGACUUCUGCCGUGACCAUUGUUGUCAGUUGCCACCACCCACUUCCUGCUAUAUAUAGGAAGGAGCCACCGUUCAAGUGCUUGCUCUGUGUCUACCACCACCUUGCUAGAUGCCCCAGCAUUCGCUCAUGGAGAAAACAACGCAUCUGGCUUUGAUGAAUGCGCUCAAGGCCAUGCAGGACCGGAAUACGCCCUCCUGUGCUCGUUCUCCCAUGAGCACACUCACUCCACCCACCUCGAUAUCUGAUGCAGGCAGUUACGAGGACAGCGCAGGGAGGGACGAGGGCUCCCAGACGAACGACACGGACACUGAAGAGCACGACGGAGAGGAUGGGGAGGAGGAGGACGAUGUGGCGGGCGCCCUUCCCCGCAUCACCCUGCGCAACUUUGGCCACCCACAGCCCCUCGCGCGGCUCAAAAAGCGCGACCUUAUCACACCCACGACAUCCUUCGUCGGUCCGCCGGCGGUCCCUCCCGCACCCCGCGCACCCGCACCGUGGGUGAGCUCUCGACGCAGCAGCUCCACUUCCUCCACCUCUUCCACGUCUUCCUCCGCCUCCUCCUCGUCCUCGUCCGCGCCAAGCCGCAAGGCCUCCGCGCCCCCGACGCCCCCGAUGCACAAACGCGCGCGCUACUCGGCGCCGCCGCGCCAGCGGCUCGCAGAGGCGAGGAACGGGCACCGCGUCGCGGGUGCACGGCUGUUCGCCGACGUGCGGGUGGAGGAUCGGGCGGACAGGGGCGACGCGGGCCCUGGACCUGGGCUGGGGCUGGGCGUCGGGCUCGGGUCGCCGUUCAAAAGCCCCGGCAGGACGCGUCGGGUGGCGAGGAGCACGCGGAAGGACGCUGCAAUGGGGCGCGACCGGGACAGCAGUCCCCUAGGCUCGCGGUGACGGUUUUUUUUUAUUUUGGGGAGAGGAGGGGAAGUGGAAUCUACAUACUGUACUUACCUGCACGUUCGCUGUGCCGCAUGGUUGCUACAUAUACAUACUUGAGCUCGUCUCUGUACUAGUUGGAAAUCUCGGAUUUUAUUGCAUGUUUUUUUUUCGCGGUGGCAACUUCAGCUUCCGCGGAGAUUGGUACCCUGGGAAGGUCGAUGAAGUGUCACAUGCGCCGAGGCCGCCGCUUCUUUCCCACCACAUAUGAAAAGUCUAUUCUGACAUAUCCAGUCGACGGCCGCGCCUGCCACAGAACUUCACGUCGGGGGAGGGGACAGGAGCAGAGCCAUGUGUGUGUGUGUCCUUGCAACCCAUGCCACCAGAACCAACUAUGCCGACGCUCAAUACGAGGACGGGCCAGAAUCACCUCGGAGAACGGCGAACGUGCCAGCUGCGUCGUCCGGAAUGCGACGACUGGACCGUCUCCUGUCGAGCGCCGAUUCAUUCCAGGCAUGGGGAGCCCAUCCGUUCCCACGAGCGGCCAGUCUGAUGAUUUUUUUUCCGCUGACUAAAUACCUGAUUACGCAUAGACUGGUGAGCAGCGUGAUCCCGAUUCUUGGGCCCCGGGCUCGAUAUGGGGCGUCUCCGAGCACCGUGUCCCGACAGUGCCAAGAGG